ACUUAUACAGUUUUUAUGCCUGGGAUUUUGUAUACACGUAAACAGAUAAGGAAGGGAUGAAAACAGACUAGUAAAGAACACGAUUCUUUUCACCAGAUCAUUACUUCAAAUGAUGACCACUAAGUGGGCAUAGAAAUCUCGAUUCAAAGUUGUCAAUAUGUACAAGAACGUCUCACAAUUGAUUGAAAAAGAGAGAUCGCGGAAUCCAUUGCACCAUUUCUGGACAACGACAGCGGCAAAAAAUUAUACACAAGAAAACGACGGAACAGCCGAAUUUUACAACCAAUUUGAAGAGACAGAAAAUAAUGGAGUUUUAUUCGGGAAAUCAAAGACUUCAGUAGAUCGCAGCUUUGGCCCAGACUAUGUUGAAAACAGUCAAGAAUCUGUAAUCGUCCACAAAGCGGAUACUACAAAAGGUGGGGUGAAAACGAAAUUUACAGAAGGUAAUUUAGAAUUAGAAUCUCUACCAGUUACAACUGACUGUGUGGAAAAUUCUUUAAAAUCAGAUCCUGACUUGUCUGAUAUAUCAAGUAAAACAAACCCUGACGCUGAUUCAGAAUCAAUUGAUCAAUUAAAAGAAUUCAGCGACACAGAGGAGACGGAUUACUUCGACAGUGAGGAUGAAUAUUGGGAAACACGGGCCAGUGAGAAGAAUCAAAAGCAAGACAUGGGCAUAAAUUUAAAUCCUUCUACGAAUUCCCCAAAAGGGGGAAGAUAUAGUAAAUUUAUCAACCUUCCCAUUUUUAAACAAUCAAUCCACGAUUUUGCUGCUGAUAAUAGUUUAGAAGUACAUGAUGUCAUUGCGGAUGGGGACUGCCUGUUCAAUGCAAUAGCUGAUCAGCUUCUGAUUAACGGUUGUCCAGGUCAUACAAAAGAGUCCUUACGACAAAUAGCAACACAACAUCUUAGAAAGAAAUCUCGUGAAGAUGAUGGAACUCAUCUCUCCUCUUUUCUGUUUGGGGAGACUUGGGAGGAAUACCUCUCCAGAAUGGAGAGACCGGGGCAGUGGGGCGACCACAUUACUCUUCAAACGCUUGCUGAUGUUUUUACAUUAAAAAUCAUCGUUUUUAACGUCUACCAAGAUGACAUCAGGAGAACUGAGGUUGAGGCUGAGUCCAAUGAAGACAUUAAAACGAGGCUGACGAUAUACCUGGGUCAUCUUGGCGAGUUCCAUUAUCUGAGUCUACGUCCUAAACAUUGGCAGAUACACUGGCCCUACAAGGCUGUGCUUUACCGCUUACUAGCAUGUUCCAAAGAUCUGAACCCAGAGGACUCUUUCGCUCUUCUCAAAGACAGAUUGUCAAGCAUGUCAUCAGGGAAAUGUAUUUCUAAAAGUGUACUAGAUGAAACUUCUGAACAUAUAUCUGGUAUUAUGCAUAGAAGAAAUGAAAAGAAUACACAAGCAGGAAAGAAAAACCAUGACGAAAUCUUUACAGUCAACAGUGGAGGGGGGCUUCAACUCGAAGAUACUGAAGAUUCAUUACAGUUAUUGAUUGAAGACCUUCUUCACACGGAUCCCAUAUCAGGAACCCCCUUGCCACAUUUAACAUUCCUCCUAAAACACUUGAUACCUAUCACAAUGCUUUGCAAUGAAUUUGGUCAACUCCCGCCACACACUCGAGGGAUGUUUCAAUUCCUGGGUUCAUUUGCCGAUGGAAGCAAUUACAUUUUAACUGACAUUAGCAAAGCACAGAAAAUGAGAGACUUUUAUAUUAAGCAAAUGAGAGAAAAGGUUGCAAAAGUCGUAGUUUUAAAAUCGAACAUACCUGUAUUGUCCUCAGAAGCUCCGCCGUUGCCGUAUGCGUUGCAUUUCGAUACGUCAAAUACAAAGGCCGGAUAUUGUAGGUUGAAAUUCCCUCCUGAGCGCGCGGUCUUGGCUGGUGAAAAAACUUUCAAGAUAGAGUCUGAAACUUAUCUUCAAGCCUUCAGCAUUGAAGGAUACGAUUCGAGUUUCCUGAAUGCCGACAUAAGUGCUAAAGUUAAGUAUAUUGGGCUAAUAUGUCCUUUGUCCUUGGUUGCCUUAGAUUGGUUGCAUUCGAGGCGAAAAUUUGAUUUCCCCUCACGCCUUCUUUUGAUUUUAUUUCAUGACAUGCCUUGCACAUUGAUUCCCAAAGCACAUAAAAACUCGGAAAACCCAUUAGUUGAGUGGAAAAUAGAUUUUUCAAAGAUAGAAAUGUUGCUUUUUGACAGCCUAACAGAUUCACAGCGACAUGGGUUUGCAGUAAUUAAGGUGCUUCUUGAUAACAUAACGUUCCAUGUUGAGAAAAAACUGCAAACAAAGCAUAUAAAAUCUAUAUUUUUUCAAGCUUGUGAAGAUAUUCCAUCCAACUUUUGGAAUGUAAACUUUAGUGGCUGUGUUUUGUUUGUCCUAAGCAAACUGGUGAUCUGCUUAAAACAUAGGUUUCUACCCCAUUACUUUAUCCCACAAAGUAAUUUAAUUGACUGUUUUUCGGUGGAAGAAAUUGACACUAUAUGUGUGUAUGUUGAGUCCAUUCGGGCAUUUCCAGCCCACACUGCCCAAUUUGUUGCAGAAAAUCACGGAUUUACAUAUGGACCAAACUUGGUGAAGUCGUUGCUGAAUGACAUUGCUUGUUUUGUGCAAAAUAGGAAUGUGGCAGCGGUCGUGGAACACACCGUGGUUCCCUGUACUUACCGCACAGCCAAGUUUCUUGCAAAGCUGGGAUUUUAUGUUCCAACUUGUGAGCUACUGAAAGAAAUGCACAUACAGACACAACUCAUUACGGAAUACAGAUUGCAGAAUUCGCUCAAUCUUCAGGAUUUCUUCAGAAAUGCUUUACAUAAGAUGAAGCAGCGAUCCUCACGUGUCAUAUUAGCUAAACUUUUCGAUGCCAGAUUUGGAACGAAUAUGGCAAAUUUAUUUUUCAAAGAAAAAGAUUUUUCCUUGGCGAAAAUUCUACCUUGGGUUGUCGACUUUAAAAUUAACUGGUUAGAGGUCCCCCGAGAAAAGACGGGAGAUCUGUCAACAGUAGCAGAAUUUUUGCUUGAAUAUAGUUUCAAAGAAUAUGAGAAAAGAAAUAAAACCCUGUCCACGUGCACCAUAGAAGCCGCCAUUCGUUGUUUGAGACACACAAUACAAGAAGAUUCAAUUGACAUGAAGGAAAUUGAGGACGAAGAUUUGAAACAAGAGAUUUUAUCUCAAAAGCGGGAACUAAAAGCUGUAUUAAAGCUUUAUUAUACACAAGUAUUUAUAGUUUCACGCUUAAGGCGUGACCUUUGUCCACUGAGAAAACACAUGCCUGAUAUUGAAAAACUUUUUCAAGAAUUCCCUGAAAUGGGACUUAUUGUGAGUGACAUGUUCGCAUACCUUGGUAUGUACAACAAAAGCGAAGAAUACGCAACAAAAUUUGCAUCCCAUUUCCCUGGGCUUCUAAGACCAAGUGAGUAUCACGUUACGCUUUUGAGCAUGGAUUGCAUGCUGGCUAGGACGUUUCAUGAGAUAGAAUGCAAACAAUGAUCAUAACUCAAAUGGUAUAUACCUUUACAAUUAG